CGCCAUGCUGGGGCCCCUCCCCGCGGGCGGGAGCAAGAUGGCGGCGGAGCGGAUCUUCGACCGCGCCGUGUCGGUGCGAGUGCGGGGCUGCGGCUGCGAGGAGCGGAGGUUAAAUGUUCGAGUGACUGUUGAGCUGCUGUCGAUUUCUAAUCCUGUUCAUAAAAAGGACUUAGCUGUUCGGUUGACUGAUGAUACUGAUCCUUUUUUCCUUUAUAACCUUGUCAUAUCAGAGGAAGAUUUUCAAAGUUUGAAAUCCCAGCAAGGUCUCUUGGUAGACUUCUCUGCUUUCCCACAAAAAUUUAUAGAUCUACUUCAGCAAUGCAUUCAGGAGCAGAACAAAGAUAUCCCAAGGUUUUUGCUGCAGUUAGUUUCUUCAGCACCUGCUCUAGAUCACACACCUGUCUCUUUAAAUGUAGUGGAGACCAACCCUUUCAAACACCUUACCCAUCUUUCUCUAAAAUUCCUGCCAGGAACUGAUGCAGAGAUAAAGAAGUUUUUAGCCAACUGUUUGAAAUGCCUUAAGGAGGAUAAAAUUAUGUUGGAAGAGAAGCUUAAAAAAACUGAAGAGGAUCUUACCAGGCAACUGAGCUACACUCAACAGAGCUUGUCAGAAAAGAGCCGGGAACUUGACAAACUGAAAAAUGAGUGGGCAUCCUACACUACAGCUCUGAGCAACAAACACUCGCAGGAGCUGACAAGUGAAAAGGAAAGAGCUCUCCAGGCACAAACUCAGUACCAACAACAGCAUGAACAACAGAAAAAGGAAUUGGAAAAUUUGCAUCAGAAAAGUAUUCAGCAGUUGCAGAACAGGCUCUCUGAACUCGAGAUCAUCAAUAAAGACCUAACAGAGAGGAGAUACAAAGGAGACUCCACAGUCAGAGAACUGAAAGCGAAGCUUUCUGGACUAGAAGAUGAAUGUCAGAGAGCAAAGCAGGAGGUGCUGUCCCUGCGCCGAGAGAACACAACUCUGGAUGCUGAAUGUCAUGAGAAAGAGAAACUCAUUAAUCAGCUACAGACACGAGUUGCUGUCUUGGAGCAAGAGAUCAAAGACAAAGAUCAGCUUGUCACCAGAACAAAAGAAGUCUUAGAUGCAACACAGGAGCAAAAGGUGAUACUGGAAGAGAGCACAGAGGAGAAACAAAGGCAUAUUGAAAAACUAGAGACAACCAUUAAGUCACUGUCAGCUGAGCUCCUUAAGGCUAAUGAAAUUAUCAAGAAGUUACAAGGAGAUUUGAAAACUCUAAUGAGUAAAUUAAAAUUGAAAAAUACAGUAACAAUUCAGCAAGAAAAACUAUUGGCAGAAAAAGAAGAGAAGCUUCAAAAAGAGCAGAAGGAAUCACAGGAGAUGGGACAAUCGCUUCGAAUAAAAGAGCAGGAGGUUUGCAAGCUACAAGAGCAGCUAGAAAGUACAAUACAAAAACUCGAAGAAAGCAAGCAGUUACUGAAAACCAAUGAAAAUGUUAUCACAUGGCUGAACAGACAGCUGAGUGAAGUUCAGAUGGCAAAGAAGGUGGACAGUCCUGCCAGUGUCCAUGCUGCUGGGAGGGCUGCUGUUUCACCUCUGGGCAUGCCUGACCGACCCUCCUUUCACAGCUCAGGAAUCAGUCAUCCCAUUUCUCCUCUCUAUGCCUUCCAGAAUUUUGUGGAACCCAUGCACAGCAAAACCGGAAAUUCUCAAUGUCCAGUAUCAAAGGUUCAGUUGAACUCACAGCUGUCAAAACUGAGUCGAUGUCCGGAUGCUCACAUGGUGCCUACAGCUGGCCACACAGCAAACAAGGAGAAUGGUGAUCCGCUGGGGCUGGAAUCAAAGUAUUUGAAAAAAAAAGAUGACAGCAUUCCUUUGCGAGGGCUUAGUCAAAACACACUGAACUCGGAGUACCUGAGACCCUACUUGCCAGCCAAAGCCCAGCCAUCGGCAAAAGCUGCUUCAACACCCGCCUCGGCCUAUUUCCCUGGCUCAUAGCCAGGGUUCUUACAGUAAGAGUCCUCUUUUGAGCAGUGGGGGGAUUUUUGAAUGUCCUGCAAUAGUGUUAACAUGGCAUCAGUUCACACUGAUAUUUUACUAUGAGCCACUUUUCUUUGAGGAAAGGAUCUUGACUGAUUUGGAUGAUGCUUCAAGGGUGCCUGAGCCUAAGGAGAAGAUAAAGCCUUAAGGAACCUUAGUGGGAACAACACUGACAGCAUCAGCGCUGUACAGAAUUUUCUUAGUACUAGUGUUGAGCCUGUAACUCUUCCUAAAAACUGACCAAAGUAUUCUUUUUGUAACAGGUGAAAUGUACAUUCUCUGAGUGAAAACACUUACCUGAAGUUCUAUUUCUGGACUCCUUUUAGAGAAAGGAGGAGGUGAAGGAAAAGCACAGAACUGUGCUGUCCCUUUUAGUAAUGGUCAAGCUCAUACACAGGGGCAUGACUGCCUCACUAACCCUCCCUUACAGUUUAGUUUUAAAAACUUAAUUUUGGAACCAUUUUAUUUGAAUUGCAUCUAGACUUACAAAUAAUCUAAUACUAAAAAUGCUAAACUAUUUCACUGAAGCUACAAAAUUAAAACUUAAAAUUCUCAGUCUUGGGUCCCCUAAUUUUUCUGUUAAUCUCUCAGUAUUACAUUCCACAGGCCACAUUAAAAGGUGAAGUAGCUGAAUAGUUAACUGUUGACAAGUAUCAACACCUAAAAGUUACUUCAUUUUCAAUUUUAGAUACUUUUAUAUUUAUGCAGCUUGUUCUACUGCAUGGGUUCAGAUGCUAGGAUCAUGUAACAACCCCUUCUAUGCCCUUUACUUGGUGUCCCCUGCAGCCUUCCACCAGGUCAAGUACCCUUACAAUGACUAUUCCUAACUUUUGGGAGAUAUUUCAUUCCUUUUACCUUAGUUACUCAAGUGCACCCAGAGGAUUGUACAUUUCAGUGGUUUGUUUUGCUGUGUGAAAUGUUAAUAUAUGUUAAUAUAUAGUGUCUGGUUUUGUCAUGUGUACAUUUUAAUGGAAAUAUUAAAUGGUUUUUAUCAAAAGCUCUGAUUAGUUAAUGUUUCAGGAGUACUUAGCAACAUCUCCACGGUACUGAAAUUCCCAGCUGAGGUAGGUGCCAGAACAGCUCUGUUUUAUUUACUUGUGCAGUUUUCACUGUUGCUCAUUGUUCCCCAGGCCCAGCCCCGCAGAGCUCCUGUGUCCAGCUGUCCUUAGGUGUCAGUGCCCGAGGCUGUGUCCAUGCUGGCUGCUGAACCACAGGUGCUGUGGGCCUGGGCAGCCCCGGCCGGGCUGGCUGUGUGCAGCUGCCUGGGUCCUUGGAGCCUGGCGCUGGGGCUGUCCUGUUUCCCUGCAGCACCAGGAACCAAGGAGCAGCUGCAGGGAGCCUGAGCUGCUGGCCAGCAGGGACCUUUGCCCUGGGCUCAGGGCUGCUGUAGCUAAUACAGAAAGUGCCAGGCUUGUUCACUACUCCACAUAACACACAUGCACUACUGAACUUGACUUAAGGUUUGAAGAGACAGUCACAAUUAUUUAAAAAUUCAUUAAAAUAUUCAACUUUA